CUUGUUGCCUCGCUGCUCAAUUCUGUAGCAUGCAAAAGACUUCUCAUGGCUCACACAUUCGGCCAGCUCAGCUUGACUGAUGGACUGCAUACCAGAGGAGCCUUCGCCAGUGCGAAACGAAGGUGACCGCUUUUUACCCUCUGAAGAGGAGACGAGCGAGUUUUCUUCUAAUGCUUCUGCCGCCUCUCUGAGCCGACAAUGUACCGAGUUCAGCGAUGUGGUGGCACAGGACUUGAUGUCACGCCAGUUGACUGACUUUGCUGCAAGGCAAGGAGAUUUUUGGGUUCGAAAAUGCAGCGAGCCUGUACCAUUCAAUGGGGCAAGAGGCUUGGACAUCAAACCAGGUGAUAUUUUCCGACAGACCUCUUGCCCACCUAUGAUGCGUUCGGAGGGCCUCUUCAAACAGCCCAUCCACGAGAAUGAGGAGCACGAGCUGGAAGAGCCCGAAGUGGAAGAGCCCGAAGAACAAGAACUCGAGGAAGAAGAGGAAGAUGACUUGGUCUCUCGUGCCAUUUGUUCUGCAGUGGCUGACUGCAAAUACAGCGUCGCCGUGGCUGAUCCCACCCAGCUCGACACGGAAUUGAUCGCUGUCUCAGAAGGCUUUGAGAACUUGACUGGCUACACACGAGAGGAGGCAGUUGGUUCUAACUGCCGCUUCCUCUCAGAUGGUUGUCAACUGCAAGCCACGGUUGCUGAAGCACUGCGGAAUGCUUCUGACAGCGGGGCGCCCUACGUGUCUCUGCUUGUGAACAAGCGCAAGACAGGUGAGCUCUUUCUCAAUCUGUUGUCUAUCCGUGGACUGGUAUUGGCAAGAGACGUCAAGACUGGCGAGGAGAUUUGGAUUUUGGUGAGUGUGCAGCAGGAUGUGACUGGCAUAAAACCAGAAUCACUCACUUCAAGUAACGAUGCCUUGCUGUCCAAGGUGGCUAACCGCAUUCUGCGGAGGCUACUCAAAUAUGCGACAGAGAUUGGCAUCGCCAGCCUAAUUCAGGCAAAGAGAGGCCGUUCUAGAUGCAGCAAUCAUCAGGAGGGGAUGCACUUACUUUCCGACAUCGUGUGGAAAGAUGGGGUGAGCUUGGGGCUGCCACCAUGUGAAGUGUUGGCGUCCUUACCGUCGGAAUUUGCCCACCUUGCUUUUAGAGAGCCUCCCAAGCCGCUGGGAGCAGACAGCAAAAUGCUGAUUUGGCCCCUUCUGCUGUGUUCAGCGACGGCCGUCUUGGUGAUACUUCUCCAGCGCAAGCGGGGAUGCAUCACAAGAUGACGUUGAAAA